AAAUUCCCCCCCAGUAUCGCCGAGAUGCCCGUGUCAAAGGCGACCAAGAAGUUCCAAAAGGACAAGCUCGGCGACGCCAUCAAGCGCCGCAAGGAUGUCGCCAAGAUCAAGCAGAGGAAGCAGAUGGAGGCCAAGAAGAAGGAGCGCAAGGCCAGAGACAAUGCGCGCGCCGACGACGUCGAGGAAGAGGCCGCCAAGAAGUCAAAGGCCAACGGGGCAAAGGACGACAAGCUGGCCGACAUGUCCAUGGACCAAUUCUUCCAGGGCGGCUUCCAGAUACCAGAGAUGAGCAAGAAGAAGACCAAGCCCAAGACGGGCAAGCGGAAACGCACGCCCGUCGACGAGGAUGCCUCAGAGGGCUCCGACGAGGAAAUGGCAGAGGCGCCUGGCGCCUCCGACGACUCUGGAUCCGAGAGCGACUCGGGCGACGACAUUGAUGCCCACAAGGAACAGCUUGCCGGCCUGGCGGAGAAGGACCCCGAGUUCUACAAAUAUCUCAAGGAGAACGACGCUGAGCUGCUCGACUUUGCCGAAGAUGCCGACCUGGCCGAGAUUGAUGCUCUCUCCGCCAGUGAAGACGAGGCCACACCGCGAAAGAAGCACAAGGCCGACGAGGCAGAGGGCACCGGCAACGAGCUCACAGUCAAGACUGUUCAGAAAUGGAAAGCAUCGAUGGAAUCCAAGCACUCUCUGCGCGCAAUGAAGGAGGUUGUCCUUGCAUUCCGCUCUGCAGCACACAUGAACGACGAGGAUGGCGGAAAGUCGUACAAGUACUCGAUAACGGACCCAGAUGUAUACCACUUGGUUCAGGUAACAACUCUCCAGCUGGUUCCCAAGGUUCUUCAGCACCACUUGCCGGUCAAGGAGAGUGCUGGCGGCAAAGUUCGCGUGCCUACCGAUACAAAGAAGUUCCGCACCCUCACGCCACUACUCAAGUCGCAUACCGUCUCAAUGCACCAUCUGCUUGAGAACUUGGCCGAUGCGAAAACAUUAAAAAUGACUCUCGACUCAUUGGCAAAUCUCCUCCCAUACAUUCUCUCGUUCAAGAAGAUUAUUCGCGAGGUCACACGCUCUGUCGCCGCUGCAUGGGCCGACAGUGCAAACAACGACGGCACCCGAGUGUCGGCCUUUCUCGUUUUGCGACGGCUGGUCGUCAUUGCGGACCCAAGUAUCCGCGAGGCAGUCUUGAAGCAAACAUACCAAGGCCUGGUCAAGGGCGCAAGAAACACCACAGUCCACAACGUGCAGGGCAUCAACCUUAUGAAGAACACGGCAUCUGAACUCUGGGGCAUCGACCCAACAGUAGGCUACACAACAGGCUUUGGCUUCAUCCGCCAGCUUGCGAUCCAUCUCCGCACAAGUAUCACGAACAAGACAAAGGACUCUUACAAGACAGUAUACAACUGGCAGUACAUUCACUCGCUAGACUUUUGGUCUCGUGUCGUCUCGAUGCACUGCGAGUCUCUCCGGGAAGCAGAGGCUGGAAAGCCAUCGCCGCUACGACCACUCAUCUACCCCAUUGUCCAAGUCACGCUCGGAGCCAUGCGCCUCAUCCCGACAUCGCAAUACUUCCCUCUCCGCUUCCAACUUGUGCGGUCGCUCCUCCGUAUCGCCUCAGCAACAUCGACAUACAUUCCACUCGCGCCCGCCCUAGUCGAGGUUCUGAACUCUGCAGAAAUGAAGAAGCCCCCCAAGCCCAGCACUUUGAAAGCGCUCGAUUUCAACGUCAGCAUCCGCGCAACCAAGGCUUAUCUACGGACACGCGUCUAUCAAGAUGGCAUCGGCGAGCAAGUAGCUGAACUCCUUUCCGAGUUCUUCGUCCUCUGGACCAAGAACAUUGCUUUUCCCGAACUCGCGCUCCCCGUUAUCGUCAUGCUCAAGCGCUGGGUAAAGGCCAUGACCAAGAAGAGCAGCGGAAACAAGAACAACAAAGUCUCUUCUCUGCUUGGCCUCCUUGUCCAGAAGCUCGAGGCAAACUCGCGCUGGGUCGAGGAGAAGCGCAACAAGGUUGAGUUUGCGCCUAACAACCGUGCGGGUGUUGAGGGCUUCCUGAAGGAUGUGGAAUGGGACAAGAGUCCUCUGGGCGCUUUUGUAGCAGGCCAGAGAAAGAGCAGAGAGCAGAAGCAGAAGAUGCUGGAGGAUGCGCGCAAGACGGAGGAUAAGAAGAGGAAAGAGGCGGAGAAGGCGGAGCAGAGGAAUGGAGAGGUGUUUGAGGAUGAGAGUGAGGAUGAAGAGGAAGAGGACGAGGAAGAUGUUGAUAUUGAGGGCUUGAGUGAUGAGGAUGUUGACAUGGACGAUGAUGAAGAGGAAGAGGAAGAGAGUGACGAGUAG